CCCUACCAACAUUUGGCAACAGUUGUGUUCCUCAACCUUCCUCAACCUUUUUCUUUCUUAUGAUACAUGUUUUUGGGAGGAGUAUUACAUUCAGGGCAAACUCGUAAACAGAACAAGGGGGCAAUAGACUGCAAGCAAGCGAUAUAUUUCAUUCAAUUCUCGCACACAAAAAAAUCCCCAAACACGAGGGGAUAUGGGAAUCAAAACCAGAGCGAGGGGGGGGUUGGUGGUGCUAGAAAAGAGCUAACCCUACGAAACGGGGACGCCACAAAAGACACAUCAGAAAGCUUCACUCGAACAGGCACGGGCCACUUUUUCUCUCUUCACUCCCCAGUCAAAACCCCAAUAACCCUCUCCACAUCGCCCUCAUGCACUCUCAGCAGCGCGCGGUUGAGGGCAUCGUCGGUGAAGCCCAUGGAAGCCAGGUUGCGGAGGGCGCGCGCGACGGUCGGUGGGUCGGUCGGGGUCGCGGCGGGGAUGGUUGCGUUUUGCGUGGGAUUAGAGGCGGGGGGCCUAGGACGGAAGGCGGAGUGGGAGAAUAUGGGAGUGGGCAGUGGGCGGGCGGGCCUUGAAGUGGUAGCGUUGAUAGGAACGAUGGGAAUGGUGGUCGGCUUGCGAGUGGGGCUCACCGCUGCAGAGCUGCCAGUUUGAAUGCCAUCUUCCACACGAAGCGUACCGGUUGUGGUCUUGCUACCCGAAGCCGAGGCCUCAGGGGCCGGUGUGUCGAGGCUGAUCCAGGCCGGUGUGUCCGUCGCGAUACUCACACCAACAUCCUUCCCCUUCUCUUCCAUCUCAACACGCUCAGCACGCGCCUUUCCCUUGCCAUGUCCCUUCCCCU